UAUUUUGUGGUAAACAUUAAAAGUUGAUUGACUUUCAAAUGAUUGUUAUUUCCAUAAUUGAAAUAUUGGUUAAUAAGGCGUUAGUGUCUGGACUUGAAGUGAGCGGAAGUGUUGCUGAAGUGAUUGUUUGGAGACAAUAAUGACGACAAUCCGUGCCUUCCGUUGCGAUGAUAUGUUUAGAUUCAAUAAUGUCAAUUUGGAUCCAUUGACUGAGACAUACGGCCUAUCGUUUUAUCUGCAAUACUUGGCUCAUUGGCCCGAAUGCUUUCAAGUGGUGGAAGCGCCCAAUGGACACAUCAUGGGCUACAUAAUGGGAAAGAUUGAGGGACAGGGAGACCAAUGGCACGGACACGUCACUGCCCUCAGUGUCGCCCCGCAGUACCGGAGACUCAAUUUGGCCGCAAAACUCAUGAACGCUUUGGAACAGACAUCGGAAAAAAAACAGGCAUAUUUUGUGGAUCUAUUCGUAAGAGUUUCCAAUAGAGUGGCCGUUGAUAUGUAUAAAAGACUCGGUUAUAGCGUUUAUCGACGAGUUUUAGAGUAUUAUUCCGGAGAUCCAGACGAAGACGCUUUUGAUAUGCGAAAAGCCUUACCUCGAGAUAAACACAAGAAGUCUAUAAUCCCAUUACAACAUCCGGUCAGACCCGAAGACUUGGAAUAAACGAUUCAGUGUUUGUCAGUCACAACAAGCGUUUAUUUGAUUGUUUAUCGAAGUUUAUAUGAUUUUGAUUAUAAGUGAAUUUUAUUGAUAAGUAUUAAAAAAUUUAUAUACAUUUAAUUAAAUGAUGAAAACGUGAU